AUGUGGAUGGUGUCACCGCCAGCAGGGUUAGAAACAGCAAGAAGGGGCAAGUUGGGUGUGGUGGCAACAAUGAGCAUUGUGAUGCUCACCCAUGCCCGGGGCAGUGGUGGCACCGGUAUUUUCCAGUUGACCAAGAAGCUGUUUCUGAGUGAGCAAACGGGUCGGGGCCGGACGCUGGAGCUCAUCCGGAAGAACGCUGCCAACGGGCUGUCGGUGGCCAACCUGGUGGCCGGGCUCUGCUCCAUCCUCUGCAGCCUCAACAGGCAAUACCACCACUCGUGCUGGCUGCUGCUCGUUGGCUUUCUGCUGGAUUUGGCUGAUGGAGCCGUUGCCCGACAGCUCGAUGCCUGCUCGGCCCUGGGUGCCAAGUUGGACGACUUUGCCGACUUCACCACGUUUGGGCUGGGCACAGCCCUGCUGCUGCAGCCCCAGGGCAUCCUGGAUGGGCUACUGACCAUGGCCUACGUGCUGGCCGUGUUCACUCGCCUCUGCUUCCUCUCCAGCGGGAUCCCUUUCACCUACCGUGGGCUGCCGUGUCCCUACGCCUCGGCGCUGCUGGCGGGCACCUUCGUGCUGUCGGGGGGCAGCGCAGCCCUGCUGCGCCUGGCCGCCGCAGCCAUGAUCUUCUGCAUGGUGGAUCGAGGCUUGUACCCCCACGACAAGGUGCUGGAGUCACAGCGCUGGAAGAAAGUGGUUUAUGCUGGAGGUGUGCUGGCCGUGCUCUUCACGCCGCCCGCCGUGGCUGCUCUCUACUGCGCUGCCUGGGCCGUGUCCUACAUCCUCUUCCCCUUCGCCGUCUGGAGCUGCAAAGCCUGAGCCCUGCCUUUGCCUGACACUCAGUAA